GAGGGCGCGAGCGGCGGGCGCGGUAUGGCGGGGUCCCGGCGGCCGUGAGGGAGCUGGUGCAGAGCGGCGGCCGCCAUGUCGCCGGUGUGGUCGCUGGGAGCCGGGCUGCUGCUGCUGCUGCUGUGGGUGAGGCACCGCGGGCUGGAGGCCGUGCUGGUGCACCACCGCUGGGUCUUCGUCUGCCUCUUCCUCAUGCCGCUCUCUAUCCUCUUCGACGUCUACUACCAGCUGCGCGCAUGGGCCGUCUGGCGCCUGCACAGCGCCCCGAGGCUGCACGCACAGCGGGUCCGCCACAUCCAGGCGCAGGUUCGUGAAUGGAAAGAUGAAGGCAGCAAAAGAUACAUGUGCACUGGCCGGCCUGGCUGGUUGACUGUAUCACUGCGUGUUGGGAAGUAUAAGAAGACUCAUAAGAACAUCAUGAUCAACUUAAUGGAUGUUCUGGAAGUGGACAGUGAAAGACAGGUUGUUCGUGUGGAACCUUUGGUGACCAUGGGCCAGUUGACCGCAUACCUGAAUCCCAUGGGCUGGACUAUUCCUGUAGUACCAGAGCUUGAUGAUCUUACAGUAGGUGGCCUGAUCAUGGGAACUGGCAUUGAGUCUUCAUCCCACAUCUAUGGACUUUUUCAACACACCUGUGUGGCCUAUGAACUUGUUCUUGCUGAUGGAAGCCUUGUGAGAUGUUCACCAACUGAAAAUUCAGACCUAUUUUAUGCAGUGCCUUGGUCUUGUGGUACUCUGGGUUUCCUGGUUGCAGCAGAAAUAAAAAUGAUUCCUGCCAAGAAAUAUGUCAAAAUCCAUUACAAGCCUGUGAGAGGGCUGCAGAACAUCUGUGAGAAGUUUACUGAAGAGUCGCAGAAAAAGGAGAAUAGUUUUGUGGAAGGACUUGUGUAUUCUUUGGAAGAAGCAGUCAUCAUGACAGGAGUCCUGACUGAUGAAGCUGAGCCAAGCAAGAUAAACAGAAUUGGCAACUACUACAAGCCGUGGUUCUUUAAGCAUGUGGAGAAGUAUUUGAAAGAUGAUAGGACUGGAACAGAAUACAUUCCUGCAAGACAUUAUUACCAUAGACAUACACGCAGUAUCUUCUGGGAGCUGCAGGAUAUCAUCCCCUUUGGCAAUAACCCUGUUUUCCGUUACGUGUUUGGCUGGAUGGUUCCUCCCAAAAUCUCCUUGUUGAAACUCACCCAAGGAGAAGCUAUCAGAAAGCUGUACGAGCAGCACCACGUUGUACAGGACAUGCUGGUGCCAAUGAAGAGCCUUGAAAAAUCUAUCCAGACCUUCCACGAUGACCUUAAUGUGUACCCUCUUUGGCUAUGUCCUUUCAUACUGCCCAAUAAUCCUGGUAUGGUCCAUCCAAAAGGCGAUGAAGCGGAACUCUACGUGGAUAUAGGAGCUUAUGGAGAGCCCAAAAGGAAACAAUUUGAAGCCAGGGCUUCGAUGAGGCAAAUGGAAAAGUUUGUAAGAAGUGUGCAUGGUUUCCAGAUGCUGUAUGCAGAUUGCUACAUGACCCGUGAGGAGUUCUGGGAUAUGUUUGAUGGUUCCUUAUACCACAAGCUGCGGGAGCAGAUGAAUUGCAAGGAUGCCUUUCCAGAAGUGUAUGACAAAAUCUGCAAGGCUGCAAGGCACUGAGCCUGGAUGGUCUAACCAAGCAAUCAGGGAAAGAUGAAUUUACCUAUAGCUAGUCAGUAUAUCCUUUAAGAACAAAAAAAAAAAGCUUUAUUGCUCUCCAAAUAAGCUCCUUCUUGUUGAUGUUUAAAGGUAUGAAUUCCUGCUUUAUGAAUUUAUGUUUAGUAUUUCUUUGUAUGUUUUCAAAUGGAUUUUUCCAAACUCAAAGUGAUUGUUUUGAAGAGCUCUUCCAAGUGCUAGCCUUUGUAUCUAAUGUGACAUGGGUGGAUUCACCUGUUUCCGAGCAUAAGAAGAACAGUUGGAAAAGAUGAAGAUGCUGGAGUCACACCAGCUGUGUGCUAUAGCUCGAUUUAACAUGACUUCUGAAAACAGCAGGGAGGGUGCAGAAAGAGGUGCCAAAGCUGAACACGUUGUCACAUUGAUCAUGAUGUUUAAAACCGUUUGCCCCCGGUUGGUAACUGGUAGAACACCUCAGCAGUGGUACCAUAACCUUCCAGCUGCUGCGUGGUGCUGUGCCAUGUGAGUUGUACUGUGCUGUCCUGUCAGCAGAGCAGUGAAAACUCUCUGGCAGGGGCUUCAGUUUCAAAACGAAGCGUUGAGGUGUGAAUAAAACGCUUUUUACUUGUGCCUAUCAGAUCAGUUUUGAUUGUAAAGCGUAAGUGGAUGUAGGGUUUAGGUACUUUGUAGUUGGCUAACAGUGCAUUGGGGGGUUGCCCCACGAGUAUCUGUGUUCUGGCUUUGCAGACUACUAAAGAAAUUGCUGCUAUUUCAUAUAGCCAGGUUUUGAUUUCAGGUUUUAUUCAUUGUGGGUCACUUUAUGUGGAUUUUUGACGGUUGUUUUGGGUUUUUUUUGGGGGGGUUUGGUCAUUGCUUUAUUUUAGUGCCUUAUGAAUACUUGGUUGGAGGAAGAUAUGGGUUAUUUCAGACCAUUCUGGCCUGGCCGGUAGGAAGUCCAGGCUUUCUUUACACGAGUUUUGUUAGAGCAGGUGGCUGUGGUUGUGUAUCUUGACACACACACAUGCCUUGGUUCUGACUCGAGCCCCAUUUUUGCUUUUUGUUUAGCUGGAUUAGGUUGAUAGGCUUUGUAAAAGGACUGUUUCAGUCACCUGGAGAGGAAAUCAGCAGCAAGUACUGCUCAGUCCCCCCUUCUGCUGCUUUUGGGUUCCAAACUAAGCCCAUGUCUUGUCCAAGCAGUACUUAAACUUAUUACUUGAAACCUUACUGAGCUUGAGGGAGAAGAAAGUCAUUUUGUUGUGUAGAGGGUAACAUGAGGAACUUCUUAAACAGUUACCAGUGGGAGGCUUAAUUUCUAUGUGUGCUAAACCAAUGAUUUUAUUUAUUGAUAGAUGGAUGUUUACUGUCCAGAUGAAACCAAUGAUAAAGCAGUAACAAGAAUCAGGUUGGCCUGGUACUCACACUGCACGCUGGGCAGCUUGUGUGCAGAUAAGGUACCCCUUAUGAUCAAAACCCAGUGCAGGGGACUGGUAGCAGGGGCAGCCUUCCAUGGGGAGACACAGCCCAUGCAGAGCAGGGCAGAAGCUGUGUCAGUGAUCCAGGAGCAUCUGCUACACGGUCCCCGGGGUGCAGGGGAAGGCAAAGGCUGAUGCUCAGGGUGUAACCAGCCUUCCUGCCCCUUGCCCCUGGGGCAAAGCUACCAUUUAGCCCAUUGCUUGUAAGAUAAACCUGCAGGAAGCAGGAGUGGGUUUGGUUAGCUUUUAAAGGGCCACGUUAAAACAGCUAGAGGAUAUGCAAAUACUUUUCUUUAGGCUGUGUUUCACCUAUGUGCUGAUGAUCUUUAGGUAUGCACUGUAUUUGGGUUUUCACUCCUUAAUUUAUUGGCAAACUUCGGAUGAUACUGGGUACUGUAAGUGUAUCAGUCCCACACAUGCACAUACAUUAAUUGCUCUUACUUUUUGGUUGUAUGGGCUGUUUAAAAUAAAGAUCUAGCCAGCAUACUGCUCA